CCAGCGCCAUCUUGUUUCUCGUGUGAGGAGAAGGACGCUCAUUUUGUGGAAGGAGUUUCCCGAGAGAAACUGGCUGCUGGCCAGGGACUUGAAGGUGGAGGCUGCUCCGUUCUGGGACCGGAUCCUCGAGGAAGAGGAGAUGUCCAGCUCAGUCCUGUCCAAGAAACGCAAAGUGUCUGGACCUGACUCUAGUCUGGAUUCUAGUUGGUCUCCUACCUAUUCUGUGAUGUUUGGCGUGCCCCCAGGGCCAACCAACGAAAUGUCAAAAAAUAAGGAAAUGGACAUAGAUGAAAGCCUUUACUCCCGCCAGCUGUAUGUACUCGGCCAUGAGGCAAUGAAGCAUCUCCAGGCUUCCAGUGUACUGAUAUCAGGCCUGCAGGGUCUGGGUGUGGAAAUUGCCAAGAAUAUCAUCCUUGGUGGGGUCAAGGCUGUCACUCUCCAUGAUCAGGGCAUUGCCCAGUGGGCUGAUCUGUCUUCCCAGUUCUGCCUACGUGAGGAAGAUAUUGGUAAAAACCGAGCUGAGAUAUCCCAACCACGCCUUGCUGAACUCAACAGUUACGUUCCUGUGUUUGCCUACACUGGACCUCUAAUUGAGGAGUUCCUUAGUGGUUUUCAGGUAGUGGUUCUUACCAACACUCCUUUGGAAUAUCAGCUGCAGGUGGGUGAAUUCUGCCAUAGCCACGGAAUCAAGCUGGUAGUAGCAGACACUCGGGGCCUAGUUGGACAACUCUUCUGUGACUUUGGAGAGGAAAUGAUUCUCACUGAUUCAAAUGGAGAACAGCCACUCAGUGCCAUGGUUUCAAUGAUCACUAAGGAGAAUCCAGGGAUUGUCACCUGCCUGGAGGACUCCCGGCAUGGAUUUGAAAGUGGUGACUUUAUCUCUUUCACAGAAGUUCAGGGCAUGAGUGAACUCAAUGGCAUUGGUCCCAUAGAGAUCAAAGUUCUGGGUCCCUAUACCUUUAGUAUCUGUGAUACCUCCAGCUUCUCUGAGUACAUCCGUGGAGGCAUUGUCAGUCAAGUGAAAGUACCUCGGAAGAUCAAUUUUAAACCCCUACUUGCCUCGCUGGCAGAGCCAGAGUUUGUGGUCACAGAUUUUGCUAAGUGCUGUCAUCCUGCUCAGCUCCACAUUGGCUUCCAGGCCCUGCAUCAGUUCUGUACUCAGCACAGCAGGCCUCCUCGGCCCCAUAAUGAGGAGGAUGCUGAGGAAUUGGUGACCUUAGCCCAAUCUGUGAAUGCUCAAGCUUUGCCAGCAGUUCAGCAGGAUUGCCUGGACAUCGACCUUAUCCGGAAGUUGGCCUAUGUAGCAGCUGGGGACCUGGCACCCAUGAAUGCCUUUUUUGGUGGUUUGGCUGCCCAGGAGGUCAUGAAGGCUUGUUCUGGAAAGUUUAUGCCCAUUAGGCAGUGGCUGUACUUUGAUGCCCUUGAAUGUCUCCCAGAGCACAGAGUGGCCUUCAUGGAAGAUAAGUGCCUGCCACACCAGAACCGUUAUGAUGGGCAAGUGGCUGUAUUUGGAUCAGACCUACAAGAGAAGCUUGGCAAGCAGAAAUACUUCCUGGUAGGUGCAGGUGCCAUUGGCUGUGAGCUGCUCAAGAACUUUGCCAUGAUUGGCCUCGGCUGUGGGGAGGAUGGAGAAAUCACAGUUACAGACAUGGACACCAUUGAGAAGUCAAACCUGAACAGGCAGUUUCUCUUCCGUCCCUGGGACAUCACAAAAUUAAAGUCUGAGACUGCUGCUGCAGCAGUGCGUGACAUAAAUCCACACAUCAGGAUAUUCAGCCACCAGAAUCGAGUAGGCCCAGAGACAGAACACGUCUAUGAUGAUGACUUCUUCCAAAAGCUGGAUGGUGUGGCCAAUGCCCUAGACAAUGUGGAUGCUCGAUUAUACGUGGACCGCCGUUGUGUUUACUAUCGUAAGCCUCUGCUGGAAUCAGGCACGCUGGGCACCAAGGGCAACGUGCAGGUGGUUGUUCCCUUCUUGACAGAAUCUUACAGCUCAAGCCAGGACCCACCUGAGAAAUCCAUCCCCAUCUGCACACUGAAGAACUUCCCUAAUGCCAUUGAGCACACCGUGCAGGGUAGGCUCCAUGCCUUGAAGAAGGUGGCCAGGUGGACCUCAGGUUUUUUCUUGUGCACUUCUGUUUUGGUAUUACUUGUCUUGCCGUGGGCUCGGGAUGAGUUUGAAGGGCUCUUCAAGCAGUCAGCUGAAAAUGUUAACCAAUACCUCACGGACCCCAAGUUCAUGGAGCGGACACUGCAGCUAGCCGGCACCCAGCCUUUGGAAGUACUGGAGGCCAUACACUGCAGCCUGGUCCUGCAGAGGCCACAGACUUGGGCCGACUGUGUGACUUGGGCCUACCAGCACUGGCACACCCAGUAUUCUCACAACAUCCAGCAGUUGCUGCACAACUUCCCUCCAGCACAGCUUACGAGCUCUGGAGCACUUUUUUGGUCAGGACCAAAACGCUGUCCACAUCCUCUCACCUUUGACAUAAACAAUCCCCUGCAUCUGGAUUAUGUGAUGGCUGCUGCCAACCUGUUUGCUCAGACAUACGGACUAGGAGGGUCCCAGGACUGUGCUGUGGUGGCCAAACUCCUGCAGUCUCUGCCAGUCCCCAAGUUUGCUCCCAAGUCUGGCAUCAGGAUCCAUGUUUCUGAGCAGGAGCUGCAGAGUACCAGUGCCACCACCAUUGAUGACAGCCACCUGGAGGAACUCAAGACUGCACUUCCUACUCCAGACAAGCUGCUUGGAUUCAAGAUGUACCCCAUUGACUUUGAGAAGGAUGACGACAGCAACUUUCACAUGGAUUUCAUUGUGGCAGCAUCCAACCUCCGAGCAGAAAACUAUGGCAUUUCCCCAGCAGACCGGCAUAAGAGCAAACUGAUUGCAGGCAAGAUCAUCCCAGCCAUUGCAACCACCACAUCUGCUAUAGUUGGCCUUGUGUGUCUGGAGCUGUACAAGGUGGUUCAGGGCCACCAACAACUGGAGUCUUAUAAAAACAGUUUUAUCAACUUGGCUCUGCCUUUGUUUAGCUUUUCUGCACCUCUGGCUCCAGAGUGUCAUCAGUACUAUGAUCAAGAGUGGACACUGUGGGAUCGCUUUGAUGUGCAAGGACUGCAACCUAGCGGUGAGGAGAUGACCUUGAAGCAGUUUCUAGACUACUUUAAGACAGAGCACAAGCUGGAAGUCAUCAUGCUGUCCCAGGGUGUGUCCAUGCUCUAUUCUGUCUUUAUGCCAGCCAGCAAGCUCAAAGAACGGUUGGAUCAGCCGAUGACAGAGAUUGUGAGCUGUGUGUCAAAGCAAAAACUGGGCCAUCAUGUGAAGUCACUUGUGUUUGAGCUGUGCUGCAACAGUGACAGUGGAGACGACAUAGAGGUUCCUUAUGUACGAUACAUCAUCCGCUGAUCUCUUACUGACUCCGUUCUUUCAGAUCUCUCAGUCUAUAUCAAAACCUUUCUAGUUAUGAGGAAACCUCAGUUUGAACCUCCUUGUUCCUAAGAACUUUUUAGUGCUGUUUUUACAUUGUUAAGAACUGAAAUUCAUAAUAAUAAAUUUUCAGCCUGUGAA